AUGUUUUUAUUUGGUCUAACGUUCUCAAUUAAUCUUCUAUUUAUUUUAAUAAAUGCUGAAAAUCGUCCUAAUGUAAACAAUGUUCAACAAUCAGUAAUCAAUAUUGCUGUUGCUGAACAUGAACCAAACAACAAUAUCAUUGAUAAUGAUUCUCAUGAUCAUCCAGAACAAACAACAACUGAAAAAAUUUUAAUUAGAGUAACUCGUCUUAAUACAGAAAUUGAAAAAUCGAAAAUAAACAAACGUGAACGUCGUCAAAUAUUGGAGUAA